AGCAGUUGCGUUGCAGUCGCGACGCGAUUGGGAUCGCGCGCGUGCGCAUUCUCUCUCUUUCUCUCUUCGUUUCGUUCGCUGCUGACUGCUCCAGAAACCGCGACACCGGGCGACUACCAGCUGAGUGCCAGCGACAGCAGCGACUACCGCGCGCUGGUAGAUCGAUGGUGUGCGAGAUCGUCCGUACGCGACCGUCGUAUCAUCUUGUCCGGCCUCGUUGCGGCGAGCCGCAGCAGCCGGAAGUCUACUCGGCAGUCGGCCCCAGGUCCCAGGCGGGAGUGUGAUCGGUGACGGCGUGCCGCGCCGGCACGUCGCGAUGUCGCGUCUCCCCGCUCGCGUCCCGCCGCCGUCGGCCGUCGUGCCGCGCUAAUUGCCUACGCUCCGCCGCAUACGUUCGCAUUUCGCCGCCGCGAUGGACUGACACGUCUGUCGUGUCGAACGACAGAGACGAGGAGACGAGAUCGAAGCGUCGCACGAUACGGACUGUCGAUCCCCUGGAUCUACGAUGAGUUCGCAGCCGAUCGUGGUGCCCGGCGGCGAGACGCAACGUCUUCAGCCGGAGGCUCAGUCUAUGCCGGCAGGUUCAACUGACAGCUUCAAGACCAUGACACCGCCGAACGUCAGCCGAUCCCUCAGCCAACCAGCGGAUCGACAACCUCGAAGAAGCAGCAUCCAAGCACAGUCUACACCGUUACCUAAACUUCCAUCAACUGAGUCCCUUUCAACAAGCAUAAAUAUUAUCACCGGUGCACCUCCAGUUUCUACAGGGAUCUCUGCAGUUGGCGAAAGUAGUCAGAAAAUGGAUAAUUUAUCAGACAAGUCGUUGGAUUCCUGCAAAUUAACGCGAAAGGAAUCGUAUAAGGCUCAGAGAAAGAAUUAUCGAAUGGAAAAGAAAAGAGUAGCCAACGAACUUUUAAGUUCUUUCAAAGAUCCAACCGUUAUUGUUAUGACUGAUUGGUUAAAAGUUCGCGGCACAUUGAAAAGUUGGACCAAGUUAUGGUGUAUUCUGAAACCUGGAUUAUUGCUGCUGUACAAAAGUCCAAAAACAAAGAGUAAUCACUGGGUAGGAACGGUACUACUCAAUACGUGUCAAGUUAUAGAACGUCCGAGUAAGAAAGAUGGAUUUUGUUUUAAAUUAUUUCAUCCUUUGGAGCAAUCUAUAUGGGCCCCUCGAGGACCAGAAAAAGAAGCUAUUGGUGCUGUUGUACAACCUUUGCCAACAUCUUACCUAAUCUUUCGAGCACCGUCCCAAGCGGCAGGCAAAUGUUGGUUGGACGCUCUUGAAUUGUCGUUACGCUGUUCUUCGUUAAUAGUGCGCUCGACAAGCGCAUUACCGCGUCCUUUACCACACGAUACAACCACCACUCAUGAAACUCAAUGGAGCGAGGCUGAUUAUGAAAAGCACUUUGAUGAUCAUGAGUAUGAUACCCGUCAAGUAGUAACGCUAGAUCCUGUGUACACCUCGCGUACAGACCUGGACGAUAUUAGUCAGCCGGAGAAUGGAGUAGCAGCUGAUGCUGAAAUCAGUGCCUCGGACAGCGAAUCUGAGGCAUCGGCUAAGGAAGAUCAAUCGACGGAGCCAAUCACUGAAACACCAUACGUAGCUAAUGAAAAUGAAGUUCUUGGAACAGCUGGUGAAGUCGUUGCGGAACUGCAAGAAGAGCAGAAGUCUUUGAUAUGGUUCUUAAUGAAACAAGUUCGUCCUGGCAUGGAUCUAUCUAAAGUUGUAUUGCCAACUUUUAUUCUGGAGUCACGUUCAUUUUUGGAAAAACUGGCCGAUUCGUAUUAUCACGCUGAUUUAUUGUCCCAAGCAGUGUUGGAAGAUGAUGCAUUUACACGUAUGAAAGCCGUAGUGAAAUGGUACUUGUCGGGAUUUUAUAAGAAACCACAAGGCUUGAAAAAGCCGUACAAUCCGCUUUUGGGUGAAACAUUCCGCUGCUAUUGGCAACAUCCCAAUGGAUCAAGAACAUUCUAUUUAGCCGAACAACUGUCGCAUCAUCCACCCAUCUCAGGAUUUUAUGUGACAAAUCGCCAAGAUGGAUUUACUAUUAGCGCUACGAUUAUUGCAAAAUCUAAAUUUUAUGGAAAUUCCACUUCUGCAGUUUUGGAUGGCAUUGCUGUAUUAACAAUGCUACCGAGAGGUGAAGAUUAUACAAUGACAAUUCCUUAUGCACAUUGCAAAGGCAUUCUUAUGGGAACGUUGUCUAUGGAACUCGGUGGAAAAGUCAACAUAAUAUGUGAGAAAACCGGCUAUCAAACUGAAUUAGAAUUUAAACUUAAGCCGUUUCUUGGCGGUGCGGAAUUAAUGAACCAAGUUGUGGGACGAAUACGCUUAGGAAAGGAAACUUUAGCUACUAUUUCGGGAUAUUGGGAUGGAUUGAUUUUAAUAACGGACAAGCGGACAGGACAAGAAAAUGUCUUCUUUAAUCCAACUCCGGAAAUACGCAAAAAAAGAUUGAAGAAAUUUACCGUUCCUAUGGAAUAUCAGGGGCCGUGGGAAAGCGAAAAAUUGUGGUACGCUGUUACACAAGCUAUUAAUAGCGAUGAUCAAGUUGCAGCUACUGAGGCUAAAACUCGACUUGAGGAAGCACAAAGAGAACGCGCUAAAGAGCGAAAGCAUCUAGGACAAGAAUGGAUUCCAAAAUAUUUCGUUCAAGACAUCAUAACUGGAAAUUGGGUGUAUCGGCAUGCUGACAUAAGACCAUGGGAUCCGAGAAACGAUGUAGUACAAUAUGAAGAAAAUUAUGUAGUGCGCACAAAGACCAGGCAUAAAACACCUAUUAUGCGUACUGGUAGUAUUGUUUCUACUGACCCACAAUCACAGAUUCCAUUAUUACAAGCUGAAUCACGUUCCUCCUUAUCAGUCCUCAAAUCUUCUAAGAGGCAGCUAUCAAAUAACAUGCCUUUGACAGAGACUCACGAUUCUGGAAGCUCAUCUGCAGAGGCACAUACCGAUUCUAGUCAAUCUUUAGGAAAACGAAGACGGUCAACUGCUAGGUUAAUUGACAUAAUGAAAGAAGUAGAGCAUCAAAUGAUGGAACAUGGUGAGAAAUUGAAUCGUAUACAGCAGAUUGUAGAACAAGUUGUGAGGAAGCAAAGAGAAUCUGGUGAACAGCAUCAUAACAUAAAUAUGUUCAAGAGCUUUGUGGAUACUAUACUUAUUAUUGUUAUCGUUUUUUCCGUGCAAUAUUUUGUAAACGUAUGGAAUAACAAUCCUACUAAGGGUUAAGGGAUUUAGUAAGAUUGUUCUCCAUAUCUUUUGUGUUAUACUCAUUUUUUUUAACUAUAUGUAUCACUCGUUUUCCUAUUCCCUAAAAUUCUUGCAGCGUGGUGUCGGUACUUCAUGAUCAUGGUGAAGUGGAUCAUUUCGCAGAAAAGAAAUAUAAUGAUAUAAUUUUUAUUCCAAACACGAUAUAUUUGACGCAUUCUCUUUUAUAUAGAAAUAAGAUAUAAAAA